ACGUGGCUGACGUCAGCUCGGGAGAGACAGGAAGUGGGAUCCCUGACACCCAGCGAGAGACACCUCCUUCCUACAAUCCGGAGAGGAGCCGACACCGGGAGAGAUGUGGAAAUCAGCAGCAGGACAUAACAUUUCCAUCUCUGAAGAGGACAAUGAUGACUGGGAGACGGAUCCAGAUUUUGUGAAUGAUCUAUCCGAGAAGGAACAAAGAUGGGGAGCAAAGACCGUGCAAGGAUCUGGUCAUCAGGAACACAUCAACAUCCACACACUGAGGGAAAAUGUCUCUCAGGAACACCAGAACCUGAAAGAACAAGAACUGGAGUCUGGACCCAAAGCUUCUCAUGGUUAUGGAGGAAAGUUUGGUGUAGAGAAGGACCGCAUGGACAAGUCUGCGGUUGGACAUGAAUACCUGACGAAGCUUUCCAAGCACUGUUCCCAGUCUGAUUCAGCGAAAGGCUUUGGUGGAAAGUUCGGUGUCCAGACAGACCGAGUGGAUAAGUCUGCUCUGAGCUUUGAAUAUCAAGGGAAGACAGAAAAACAUGCAUCUCAGAAAGAUUACACCAGCGGCUUCGGGGGCAAAUAUGGAGUUCAGUCUGACCGAGUGGAUAAGAGCGCCGUUGGCUUUGAUUACAAGGGCAAAACGGAGAAGCAUGAAUCCCAGAAAGACUAUUCCACUGGUUUUGGUGGGAAGUUCGGUGUGCAGGCAGACCGUGUGGACAAGAGUGCUGUAGGAUUUGAUUAUCAGGGAAAGACAGAGAAGCACGAGUCUCAAAAAGAUUAUUCCAAAGGCUUUGGCGGUAAAUACGGUGUUGAUAAGGACAAUGUGGACAAGAGUGCUGUCGGGUUUGACUACCAAGCGAAGACUGAGAAGCAUGAAUCGCAAAAAGACUAUGUGAAAGGGUUUGGAGGAAAGUUUGGUGUGCAGACAGACAGACAAGACAAGUGUGCACUUGGCUGGGAUCACCAAGAGAAACUGCAGCUACAUGAAUCCCAAAAAGAUUACUCCAAGGGAUUCGGUGGAAAAUAUGGUGUACAGAAAGAUCGAAUGGAUAAGGCGGCGGCAACCUUUGAAGAUAUAGAGAAAGUAGCCCCAAGUUACCAAAGAACUCGACCAGUGGAAGCCGAGGGAAAUAAAGCCAGCGACAUCCGGGCAAACUUUGAAAACUUUGCAAAAGACAAAGAGCAGGAGGAUCGGAAGAAGGCAGAGUUUGAGAGGGCACAGAGGAUGGCACAGGAGAAGAAUGAACAAGAACAGGCCCGCAGGAAAAUUGAGGAGCAAGAAAAAGCCAAACCUGCUUCUCCUCCUCCAGCUUCCCCCAGAACCAGAGAAGUGAUUGAAAAGGCCCCAGAAAUUAAAAAGGCCCCAGAAAGUCCUGUAUAUGAGGAUGCUGCCCCAUUAUAUGAGAAAGAACAACCAAAAGCCAGAGCUGAGCCUGAACCGUUAUACCAGGAAGCCGAGACUCCUAAAAAAGAGGAGCCAGAAACCGAAGCCGUUUACGACACCGCAGAUUAUCAAGAUGUGGAGAACACAUAUGCGGAGUAUGACAGUGACCUGGGACUCACAGCUAUUGCUUUGUAUGAUUAUCAAGCAGCUGGUGAUGACGAGAUCUCCUUCGACCCAGAUGAUAUAAUCACGAACAUUGAGAUGAUUGAUGAGGGAUGGUGGAGAGGGAUGUGCAAGGAACGAUAUGGGCUCUUCCCGGCUAAUUAUGUGGAACUCCGGCAGUAAGACAUCCGUCAUCUGUUGUCCCUACGAGAAGAUCCUGCGUCGCAGCUCUCUGCUUGGUGGCGCUGCAGCAAGGCGCUGUUUUGCGCACUCUCUACAAAGAAUUGUUGCCAUAAUUACCCGAGCUGGAUUCUUACACUACAAAUCAUGAUACUUUAUUUUUUUUUUCUUUUCUUUUGGCGAGGGAACAGUGUUUUUGCAGAUUAUAAUUUUUUUGGUUUUUCUAGUAAAUUUUUAUCAGGCUUUUAAAACGCAGCUGACUGCUGCAAGCUGGCAAAAUGCAUUUUAAAGGCUGUUAACCCCUUUAAUGCCAGGCGUGCCUUUACUUGAGAUGUUUGACCGGAGCUGAUUAAUGAGCAAGGGCAUUCUUUUGCUGUCGGGUGGGUUUCACAGGUGGCAGCUGGGUAACCGUGUACAGCAGGCACCGUGUACAGCAGGCACCGUUCACACCUCAUAGUUUUUAUCAGUAAAUACAUGUGCUUGAUUUUAAUCCAGUACAUCUGACCUCUUAGGGUUUGGGAUGGAUAACCUUUGUUUCUGCUAAAAUAUAAGGUAGGAGAUGGGAGUAGAAUAGAACUGUGAACAUUACAUAGGUGGUUUUAUGGUACACUUAGAGCUUAAAUCUCAUUAAAACAUUUUAGUUUUAGGUUAUGGGCAAGGGUUACGAUUUCUUUCUGGCUCUAAAUGCGGUGUACUCAACUAGGGGACUGGUUUCUGUAAGAAGAUUUUGUGUCCCCG